ACGGGUUUGCAAUUCAACAACACUUCAAAACGGAAAACCAACAAAUUGUGAAAAAGAAGAAGAACCAAGAAGAAAAAAAAAACCAAAAUCAGAAGAAAAAAGAAUAGAAAUAUUAUCAUUAUAUGUUCUUUGGUGGCAUAUAGCAUAUAUUAUUUGAAAUGAAAAAAUUCAACUGAUUUCUAUAAUAGAUGCAGUAAAUUUUCGAAAAUAAAUCACAGAAAAUUUAAAUAAAUUCAUAAUAAAACCUAAAAAAAGUAAUGAAUUCCACAAGGAGAGAAAUAAAUUAAAACGAAAAUUUAAAAAAAUAACGAAAAAAAUAAUAAUUAAAACGAGUGUUAAUGAAAUUUUAAAAUAAGAAAAAAAUAAAAAUAAAGUUAAUCGAAGUAGAUGAUGAGCUUCGGGCGGUUAUGUAAAGUGUGAAAAGAACGAACUCCCUUUCUAUCAAAAAAAAAGAAGAUUCUACGACAAGAAAAAAACACAUAAAAAAGGGAAAACUCUUCGUGAGCUAAUUAUUGACAAAAAAUUGUAGUUUAAUAAAAAAAGUGAAAAAAAAAUUGAAAUUAAGAAAUUAUAUGUAAAUUUAUAAGUCUAUGCAAGUGUAAUUUGUGGGUUUUUUUUUUUCAUUGUACAUUUUGAAAAUUGAAUGAGAAUUUUACAAUUGUAAAAUGCUAAAAAUACAUUUUUUGAUUUAAAGAAUUUGUGCCAAGGCUUUAAUUAAAAAUAAUAACGAAUUCUCUAACAACAAACAAAUUGAUCUAUAAUAUAGUAAUUUCAAUUUUAGGAGUUCCCUACAACAUCUCAAAGUAUCAAAGUGUGAGUGUAAGUGUAAGAGUGUGUAUGAGUAAAUAAUUUACUAGAACCAACAAAACAAUCGAACAAGAACAAGACCAGCCAAAAACAGAGAAAUCGAAAAAAAGAAAAAAUACCAAAAUAAAGGAUUUUUUUCAUGUAAAAUAAAUUGUUGCAGUGUAUUUUUAACUGGUUCGUGGUGCUUUAUGCAACAAAUGCUCUUGUGUGCAUUUAUCUACUUUAAAUUGUAGUUAUUUACUUGCAAAAUUGCCAUUGUAAAGAAACGUACGAAAGUGUACAAGUAUUUGUAAAAUUGUACGUACAUAAGUGUACGUGUUUAUAUGUGAAUGUCUGUUUACAUACAUAUGAGCCUGCGUAUAUUUGUUAUGAACAUUUAAGAAACCUUAGGCAAUUUGGACAAACAAUUGCUUUAAGGGUCUUUUGUAACAACUCAAUUGCAGCAAUUGUGUAAAUAAUAUUACGACGACAACAACGACAACAACCACUACAAUACAACAUUUUUAUAUAUGCAUGUGUUAACUGGAGAACAUUGUUAAUUAGAAUGGUCCAAUUUUAAUAAAGGAACAAGAGUGAUUUCGACACAAUUCUGGAUUAUUUGACAUUUAAAGGGCCACAACAAUAACAUGGGCUGUUCCUAUGAAGCAGCCAAACAUACAAAUCGAAUAAAUGAAACAUCAACAACAAAAACAAUAGCCACAAGCUAUAGAACAAAAAAUUGUAACAUCAAAACGGGAAAGCAACUCCUGCAACAUAACACAUACAGUAGUAGUAAAUUGAAUCAAUACUUUACAAAGAAUCACACUAACGAGGACUGCCAACUUGUACGAGUACAACAAAAACAACAACAAAAGCUACCAACUACUAAUACUACAAUAACAACUAAAGCCAAUAAGACUUUUUCUUCAACUGCAACAGUUAGUAAAAUUUACAACAAUAGCAAAAUUGAGGACUACAACAAGAACUGCAAGAAAGAAGAAAAUAAAAACAAAAGUAACUUUUAUAGUUUAGAAACGAAAGAAUACAUAAACCGGAGCAAUUACAAAGUUCCGCAAGAAACGCUCAAUUUCGAAAAAGCGGAAGACAACACUGUUCUAGGCCUACAAAAAUCUUGCAUCAAUUGUUAUCCUCUUGCCUGCCACAAUAGAUUUUGCUGUGAGCAGCAACAACCAGAACUAGCUGGCGACGAAAUUGCAAAUCAUACAAGACAAAGUCCAAAGCCCUUAAAUUAUAUCAACGCCAACAACUACAGCAAGAACAACAACAGUAGCAGCAACAAGAACUGCAACACUUGUUCCAGUAGAAGCAACUGUAGCAACAAUAAUUACUGCCGCUGUCAUUUAUCUUUUUUCUAUCCAAAACACACAGAAAACACGUUACGCAAUGGACAACAAUGCGAAACACAUUUGUGUAACUGCAACUGUGUUGCCACUCAAACCAAUGACUUUGCCACAUUUGCUAACACACGCAGUGCAACCGGCCAUUGUUUGCAAAAGACAAUUUCACAUGCCAGAACCGCCUUAGCAUCGAAUGCCCUCGAUUUAAAAAACAAUUUAAUGGAGGUGAUGGCCAAUUGUGCAACAGUGGCAGAGUCUUUGAUGGGCAUUAAUACACUGUUUAUAAAAAAUUGCCUAAACGAUGGCAUCGUCAGCAACCGGGAGAGUAGCUGUAACAACGGCAUCAUCAAUACAAACAGCAGCAGCAAGAACAACAACCAUAAUAAGUCUGAACCAUAUAGAGGCUAUUGUCAGCGAAAGCAUCAUUUACUAAAUAAAUCCAAUUACACCAACACCACCUCAUCAUCUUACACUAUUUCUACAACUUCGCCCUCAACUACUACUAGUACUACUGGUACUAAUUCCUCUUCUACUUCUAUUUCCAAUUCAUGCUCCCUCCACGAUGCCAUUAGCUCAAACAGUCGAUGUAAUAACAAUAACCAUGAUAUGAAUAUGAACAUUAACAUGAAUAACACUAGCAAUACUAGUAGUAGUUGUAGCAAUAACAACAAUAGGAAAGGUUUUAAUAAAACUUGCAGUAGCAGCAACAACAACCACAACUACAAUUGUCAGGCAUCUUCUUCUGCUCAUACGGCUGCCUUCAAUUAUAUUGGUCAAAAUUAUUAUAGUUUUCUACGCAACACGAUCAAUUUCUAUACCGCCUCCAGUGUUAUUCUGGUUUUAUGUUAUUUGACAUCAACCACAUCCGCUGCAACCACCAAAUCAGACACCACAUCCGUAGAUAAACAUCCCAUUAAAGGCAUCGAUUGGUCGAAAUUUGACGAGUCAAGUUCAGACAAAGAAAUUUUGGAUUUAUUGUUGGAGAAAAAGCGUUACGAUAAACGAUUGUUGCCGCCAGUAAAUGAUGAAGACUUUUGCUGUGGAUUGUCAUCACCAGAUAUGGCUACAGAACUAAAUUCAAGGAGACCACAUAGACGCGGUACUCUUACGGUAAAUGUGAACGUUUUACUACUUAGUUUAGCAUCGCCUGAUGAGAGUAGUCUGAAAUAUGAAGUGGAAUUUCUGUUGAAUCAACAGUGGAAUGAUCCUCGUUUACAAUAUGGCAACAAGUCACAUUAUGAUUUUCUAAAUGCAUUGCAUCAUCACGAUAGCAUUUGGACGCCGGACACUUAUUUCAUUAUGCACGGCGACUUUAAGGAUCCCAUUAUACCCAUGCAUUUUGCUUUAAGAAUUUACCGGAACGGGACCAUUACGUACGCAAUGAG